AGAGCGUGUUAUCGACAGGAGCAGAUUCAGUUUGCGCUAUCGCUUGUACUUGCUUUAAGAUGGAUUACAGAACCGGCCAUAUGCCAAUGAAUCCCGUUGCCUACCCAUAUCAAGGGCCGAUGGAAGAUUCCCGGGCGGUGACCACUACCCUCGUUAACAUGGCCCCCAGCGUGACCUCAGUCCGGGACCACUUUCUCUGGUCUAUCUUCAACUUUGCUUUCCUAAACUUCUGCUGCCUGGGUUUCGUGGCACUCGUCUUCUCUGUCAAAUCUAGAGAUCGGAAAGUUGUGGGAGAUGUGGAAGGAGCUCGGCAUUAUGGGUCAACAGCCCGAACACUCAACAUUGUAAUCGCAGUGAUUGUCACCGUUUGCAUUGUACUUUCCAUUGUGAUACCAUUGGCUAUUGUGUUAAGUGCAUAUUGAGCUCAACAACAACAACAGGAACAGCAGCAAAUGAUUAUGUUGGAGUUAAACCAAUGAUAGCAACAUUUCUAUGAGAAUUUUUGUAACAAAACUCUUCAACAUCUUGAUACAUUCUGCCUGUUAUUAUUGCUUUCUAUAUAUAAUGUACAUGUAAGAUUGGCAUGUUUAAAGUGGUUACCUAGAAAAUACACAAUUAUUUCCUACAAAAUCUGACCAAAGCAUGGCUCUAAUUUUAUUAAUAAAGUACAUGAUAACAA